GUGAUCCUCUGCUUCUCACAGCCAGUCGGCUCAAGAUGAAGUGAUCGGAGGUGGACUGGAACGCGGACGGGGGACGGAGACCUCAUCUGAUCAUGGGCUUCAUGAAGAUACUGCUGGGAUUGUUGGGAGCGAUCCUAGUCAUCACUUUAAUAACUGUCACCGCAGUUUACAUCAAGUCUGACGUGACGAAGCGGCCGUACACGCUGGACGACUAUUUCAACGACACCAUUCGCUGGAAAUCCUACAACCUGUACUGGAUCUCAGAUAAGGAAUACUUGCACAAAGCCAAAGACGGAAACAUCUUCCUUCACGAUGUGGAAACCAACCAAGAGUCCGUCUACCUGAGCAACUCGUCCUUUGCCAAGGUGGAUGCCACGGAUUACUGGCUGUCAGGCGACCACAGCUACGUUGCGUUUGAGAGCAACUUCACAAAGAAGUGGAGACAUUCCUUCACGGCGUCGUACUCCAUCUUCCACCGAGAGAGCGAAACAUUUCUCACUCAGGAUCUUCCCUCUGAGGUGCAGUACUUCUUCUGGGCGCCCACUGGGAACAAAUAUGCUUACGUCUCAGAUUACAACGUCUUUUAUAAAUCUGACGUCAACGCCAAAGCAGUGCAGCUGACACACAAUGGGAAGAAGAACGAGAUCCUCAAUGGGAUCCCAGACUGGGUUUACGAGGAGGAGGUGUUUGCCUCCAACGGGGCUCUGUGGUGGUCUACCACCGGCCUGUUUCUGGCCUACGCCGAGUUCAACGACACCGAGGUCGGAAAAGUGGAGUUUUCUUGGUUUGGAGCGGCCCAAUACCCCGAAAUAGUUUCUCUUCCAUUCCCAAAGGCCGGAUCGAGCCUCACCAAGGUCAAGCUGUAUGUGGUGGACACCACGGAUCCGUCUCGUCGGGCUCAAGUGUCUCCACCUGCUGCCGUGGCUUCAGACGAUCACCUCCUGUGCUCGGUGACCUGGGCGACCGACCAGCGGUUGGCGGUGCAGUGGCUCACCAGGAAACAGGACUACGUGGUGGUGCAGAUCUACGACUACGAUGGAGGCCGCUGGAGAGAGAGUCAGAAAUAUGAACAGAAAAGCACCACGGGCUGGGUCGGAUACUACGUGCCUCUGCCCAUCUUCUUUGCUGAGGAUAAACUCAGUUUCUACAAGGUGAUGAGCGACACAAGCGGCUACAAGCACAUCCAUUACUUCAAAGAUGGCAAAGUGACCCCCAUGACCUCAGGGAAGUGGGAAGUGAUUUACAUUUCCAAGUGUACCAAAGAGGCUAUAUAUUAUGUGAGCAAUGAAUACAAAGGAACACCAGUGAAGAGCAACAUGUACAAGCUGAUGCUUGGAAGCAGCGCGUCCACACCUCGCUGCCUCACCUGUGACUUUUCAGAGGACAGAUGUCAGUACAACUCAGCUUACUUCAGCCUUCACGCCUCCUACUACCGACUGGACUGUUACGGACCCGGACUGCCCCUCUACACGCUCAUGGACAACCGAGGCGCAGGUGCAAAGCUGGCUGUCCUUGAAGACAACAAGGAGAUGGAGAACAUCCUUUCUGAAUUCCAAAUGCCGACCAUGAAGUAUGGCACGUUGAAGGUCGCAGGCUUUGAUCUUUGGUACCAGAUGAUGUUGCCACCCAAUUUCAAGAAAUCCAAGAAGUACCCACUUCUGAUUGAUGUCUACGGCGGCCCCGGCAGUCGGAUGGUGAACUAUCGCUUCAAGCUCAACUGGGGGACCUACCUGUCCAGCUCACAUGGGAUCAUCAUCGCGAGCUUCGACGGGCGAGGCAGUGCUUACCAAGGCGACCAAAUCAUGCAUUCCAUCUAUCAUCGGCUGGGGACGUUUGAGGUGGAGGAUCAGCUCGCAGCAGUGAGGAAGUUUAUUGACAUGGGCUUCAUAGACAAGGACAGAAUCGCUAUGUGGGGCUGGUCUUAUGGCGGAUACGUCACUUCAAUGGCUCUGGGGGCUGGAAGUGGACUCUUGAAGUGCGGGAUAGCUGUCGCACCGGUGGCCAAGUGGGAAUAUUAUGAUGCAGUUUACACUGAACGCUACAUGGGAAAGCCUACUGAGAACUCUGACGCCUACACCAAUUCAACUGUGACAGCCAGAGCCAAGAACUUUAAGAGCGUGGACUACCUGCUGGUCCACGGCACAGCAGAUGACAACGUCCAUUUCCAGCAGGCAGCGCAGAUCUCCAAAGCUCUGGUGGCGGAGCAAGUGGAGUUCGAGGCCAUGUGGUACACAGACAAGGACCACUCCCUCAGUGGAUCGGCCACUCAUCACGUGUACACCCUGAUGAGCCACUUCCUGCAGAGAUGCCUCCUCCAUCCCCAACAGAUGUGAAGACCAACAUCAGCAGCACACUUUUUGUUUUUUUAUAUACAAUCAUUUUUGUGAGUUCUUUUUAUAUUUUUGUGCCGUUCAAACCCCUGUCUGAGUUUACAGUAACACGAGUGCUGCAACAAUGAAGGUCAUCAAGGUGAAGUCAUGAAUGCAUCAUGUUUGUGAGGCGCACAAGCUGCUUAUUCCCCGGUUAGUGAUGUUAGCACCUAACCCUUAUUCACCAAUGACCCCAGUCCAGUCCCCUCGGGUUGUUGGGGGGCAGACACCUAGGACAGGGAACAAAUAAACAGCAAACAAGAUCAAAGUAGAUCUCUAUUUUUGCAGCUUGAGAGGAAACCAGAGUGCACACAGGGAUCAUAAACUGAAUUCAAGCAGGUAACAAAGACUCACCAAUGUUGUUUGUGUGUCAAUGAUCAGAUUUUUGUCAGUGUUUGAAGAAUGAAGAAGCUCUGAUUUACGUGACUCCUUCUCUAGGAGCUGCCCCCGCAGAGUAGUUACGUCAGCAGUCUGUAGUUUUAGUGUGAGUUAUAGCCUUAAUGAUGAAGUUGUUAAUAACCUCACACCUCCUUCACAGCCUCUGCUUAUUGCUGUUGUUUACGCGUCUUGUAGAACAACAGUGUGGGCAGACCUGUUGUACAUGAUCGUAAACCCUGUGAAUGACUUGUGUUAUCAGGGUGGUUAUUAACUGUCCAUGUUUUAGUUCUUAUUUUCACCACAAAGCAACGCGAACAAGAAAAGUGAGCUUUCAUAUGUGUUUACAUAUC